GACCCGGUUGCUUACCCACACCUCGCUUCGGUACAUGCCAAUUGUCCCGCGAUCCUUGUCCGCAACAUGCAGGGUGCAACCUUCCGAUGACUCCCGUCGGCCCGUCCCAUCACAAAUCUGGGUGGAUAUGUCGUGUUACUUUUGUUUACACCAUGGCUGUGUGGGUUCAGUACGAUGAGGAUAGAUUCUCGGGAAAUCGACGUGGCCAUUUGACAGAUACCAUAUCUGUUGGCGUUGGACAAAAUCACGAUUGGGUAUGCUGCGUCUGCGGCCGCGCAGUAGGGAAAUGUACUAUUGCUAACCUAUAUUCGGGAAUAUACCGAAAAAGACUCCAUAUAAUAGAACAAAAAGUGGCGCGAAGCUGACAACGAUUAAUACUCAGACCAAGAGAAGACACCAAUACCUUCUUUUUCCAUAGAGCUUCGUCGUUGUUUUCAUAUA